AUGACCGGAUAUGAUAGUGUUUUGAUAUGGCCUGAAGAUGAAUAUAUUGACGAAUCAACAUUGGAACAACAUCGUGGACCAGCUUCACUUGACUAUGAUUCGUAAGUUUAAUGCGUUUCUUGAAAAAUCGUUCUCACUUUCAACCUACUGACCAAUGUUUGUUUUUUCUCUCUAUUAUUAUCUAUCAUCUUCCUCUCAAUUAUGUCAUGUUUUUGUUCCGAUGAAACAUAGCCAAACAGAGAUUAUUAUUAGAUCAAAAAGUCGAAAAUAUAUGUUUGUUAUGUAAUGAAUGUUUCCGGCGGCAUAACAAAACUUUACCCUAAAUUGAUUAAAUUCAAUGAAACUUUUCGAACACUUUUUCUAAUAUCAAGCAGUAUGCAUGUCAUUCCGUACAGUGAGAAAUUGACUUUUCAAAGAGUUGGCACGAUUCCAGAAAAAUUUUCGAACACCUGCUGCCUAGUUGAACUGUGAUCAUUUUAAUCGUAUUUUUCUCGCGAAAAAUUGUUAAUGAAAAAAUGGGAAGAAUUAUUAGAAAACUAUUUGUGGAAUUGUUUGACCGGUAGAAAAUUAGGGAAGUAAAUAAGAACUUCCAUCUUAUCAAACCUAUUGUGUAGUUGUUCGAAAUAAAAUCAGCUGUUUCUAUAAGAAAACUAAUUUUUUGAUCAACACUUAUGAAAAGAUGAACCAAAAACUUUAGAUGAUCCAAGAUCUUUUCCUAUGCAAAUAACUAAUUUAUUAUUCAAUGUUAGUUGUUACACUAAUUGGGCCUGGCUAAUAUAGUUGUGUAGUAACCUCGUAUAAUUUCAUAGUAGUAGUUGCAUGAGUGGGUGUACUGAAAAUAUCAAGAUAAUAAGCAAGUAAGGCGGUCAGGUGAUAAUGAUUAUAUGUUAGUAGAAAAUUUACGAAUCGGUUGCUAUGCACUAAUUUCAGGUUAAUGAUGCUCUCAAAUAUGCCACCACUGACUGAAGAAAUGAGGAAUCGUUGUCCUGCGCUACCGGUCAAAACGCGUUCAGCUCCUGAAUUCAGUCUUGUAUUGGAUUUGGACGAAACGCUGGUACAUUGCAGUUUAACACCACUCAGCGAUGCUUCACUGGUCUUCCCGGUUGAUUUUCAAAAUAUGCGUUACGAAGUUUAUGUUCGACUUCGGCCGUAUUUACGAACAUUUUUGGAUAGACUUUCAAAGAAAUAUGAAAUCAUUCUAUUUACGGCUAGUAAGAAAGUAUAUGCUAACAAGCUUUUGGUACGUUAAAAAUCACUGAAAAAAAAAUGAAAGAUAGUUGUAAAUUUCAGAAUCUUCUCGAUCCAAAAAAGAACUUCGUUCGUCACAGAUUGUUCCGUGAACAUUGUGUAUGUGUAUACGGAAAUUAUAUUAAAGACCUGACAAUUCUUGGAAGAGAUCUAUCAAAAACUAUUAUAAUUGACAAUGCUCCACAAUCGUUUGCAUAUCAAAUCGACAAUGGAAUUCCCAUUGAAAGUUGGUUCGAAGAAAGAGAAGACAAGGAACUCAUCAAACUUGUCUCGUUUCUUGAAAAUAUUCCAGAUCAGGUAAAAUUCUAGAUAAUUAUGUUUGAAGGAUCUCAAUGAAUUCAUUUGUUUAUAGGGUGUUGAUGUUCGAGAAAUUUUGAAGGAACGCUAUCGACUUCGAGAAAUGAUCCCGGUUUACAGCCAAUUGUAUCAACAACAAGCACAGCAAGAACAAGAACGAUUGCAGCUUCAACUUCAACACCAUCAACAAUUACAUCAACAACAACAGCUCAUUCAUCAACAACAGCAACCCCAAGCUCAGCAGGAAUUCCAACAAAAUGAUGAGUUUGGAGAAGGAACUCCUUCAACUUCAACGAUACAUGUAGAUAAUCAAUUUAUAACCCAACAACUACCUGCCAAACAACCACAAUUGGUUCAGGGCUAA